AUGUUUUUCAAAAAAAAAAAGGAAACGAGUGAAGACGAAGACGAAUCUAAUACUUCAAAUUCUGUAACACCCGUUGAGAAACUUAACUGCAGUGAACAAGAAAGUAUCGAAGAACUUAGAUUAUGGUGGAAUUAUGUAAGCCAAAUGAAUGACAAUCUUAAAAAUGCCCAUUCAGCUUUACUUGUAUGUGAUGAAAAAAUAUUUCCAAUUAUACGAAAACUUUUAGUUAUUCUUGUUACUCUACCAGUAACGACGGCCAMACCCGAAARGACUUUUUCGACUCUUCGUCGUCUCAAAACCUAUCUACGAAAUACAACCGGRGAAUCUCGCUUAAAYGGAUUAGCAWUGCUAAAUAUUCAUCGGGAUAUUGAAAUCUCAACUGACGCUGUACUAGAUGAAUUAUCAAAAUCAUCGAGACGAAUUAAUAUUAAGUUAUAA